AUGCAUUCUUCAUACCUUUACGCUGUUUGCAUGCUGUCCCUGGUUUCUCUUGCCUGUGCACAGAGAGUCAGUGAAGAGGAUGUGACUGUGACAGUGUGGCAAACCAAGACGAACCUUGUUCGAGCUGUGGAAGAACCCGGCCCAAUGCGUAUGUCAAGAAGCCAACGUGGCAAUAGAAACCUCGCAGCCGCUCGUGAAGAAGCUGAAGAAAAUGAGGAUGACGCGCCCAAGCAAAAUCCCUCUGCUCAAAACAGCCGUGAAAAGGAGGUCGAAACCUCCGAAGAAGAAGCCGAAGACGAUGAUGAGAACAAGAAGCCGGUGGCUCAAAAGAACGAGAGCACCGAAACCAAACCUGACGAUGCAAAGCCUUCGGCCAGCACUGCUUCACCCGAGGAGAAGGAUGCUGAAGAAGCGGAUGAAGUGGCGGCCGCUGACAAUGGUUCCAGCUCGUCGUCUUCGUCGGCUGAACCUUCGUCUACUUCUAGCGCUUCCGCAUCGGCUUCCUCUGCUUCGGCUACCAGUGCCUCAAGUGCUGCUCCCUCUUCUGCUUCGGCUACCGGAGCCGCUGCUGCCAGCAAGCCCGCUACGAUGCCUCCCUCGGCCGGUGCUUCCAACACCGUAAAGGUCGCUUCAUCCGUGUCGCGCAAACCCACUGCACGUGCCACUACUUCCCGUGGAACUUCGGGUGCCUCCAUGACCCAAAUCAGUGUAGCUGUUUCUAUGGUAGCCAUGGUCUGCGCUGGAGCCUUCCUUUUCUAG